AAUCCACUUUGAAUAAAAACUACCGCGCAAAACAGUAAAGACAUGUUUUUGAAACAAACACUAUAAAAUGGCUCCGAAACGUAAACGUAAAGCCCAAAAUCAACCUGUGUUGACCACAGGCAGUGCUGUAACAAAAUCCAAGGUUUUAAAAACGGAAGAUCCAGUAUUAGAUGCUAAUCUUCCAGUUUUGUAUAUAGAACAUUGCCGAUCCUGAAACGUAUUUCGCCGCCGGGCUCUUCAAGUUCAUGCUGAUCUGCUUGAACAACUGCGUGCAUUAAAGCCAGAUGUAGAACUUCAAUUGCUUAUGAAUGUCGAACGUCCACCACGGCGAGGUUCAUUCGAGAUAUCUAUUGCCACAAGUCCUACCGAAGAACGACAAGAAAUAUGGUCAGGAUUAAAUAGGAAACCGCGAGCACAAAAAUUUCCACCUAUUAAUGAGUUAACUGAGGCGGCAAGCCGAGUUUUGGGCUUAAAUGCGGUCAAGGACAAGGAAGGUGAGAAUGACGCUCCUAAAGAUCAGACUGAGCAAAAAGAGAGUACUAAAUCUGGUAAUAAGCGGAAACGUUCUAUAUAAAAAAUGUUUUAAUUUUUGAAAACAACGUAGCAUUUAUGACUAUCGUUUGGUAAAAUCUCUAAUAGAGAAGCUAAACGGUAUGAUGUUUUUUUGCUCAUAACGUUUGAUGAAAUUAAAAUAUGAAGAAGAAAAAUAUUUAAAAUAUAAUGUAAAUGCUAUUGCAGUAAAUUGGGAAACGUUUCAUUUCGAGCAAAUACUUCAAAUGUACGCAUAUAAUUUUGUUAAACUAAGUUAUUUGUUGCUGACUUUCAUUAUUACUUAAAUGCAGUACUAUAAGUUAAGUUGACUACAUCCUAAUCUAUAUAACGAAGGAUAGAGAGAGACUGUCCGGUGGGGGAUUUAAGAUAUUCUAUUAAUUGUUGAAAAAAUUGUUGCGAUAAACGGGCAGUACUGAGAAAUUGCCCCCGAUCUCUCUGCCCCUCGGUCACUGAUUGUUAUUCGCAUUAAUAAGCAGUAAUUAAACAAUUGUUAAAACAACUAAAAUGAAUGACAUUUUUUUAUUCUUGUAAAAAAAGUAUAAA